GGUGCUAAUCUAAAAACAGACCCGGCAUCCUUUGCCGGUGCCGUGCGUCCAAAUUCCAGUUCCCAAUUCCCAAAAAUAUCCUCCUCCCACCGAAUUUCCCCAACCCCAGCCCGCGGACCCGUCCUGGCCCGACAGCCAAGCCAAAGCCAAAACCAAGCCGAAGACGUCGCUGCCGCCGCGGAACCAAUGGCUCCGCCCGCCGCCGCCGGCGGGCCCUCGGCCUCCUCCUCCGGCGCGCCGGAGGCUCCCCACCAUCGGGACGUCGCCAAGCGCGGCCGCCGCGCGGGCGCCGGGGCGCGCCUCCUCUCCCUGGGCGUGCAGGCGGCCGUGAUGGCCGCCGCGCUCGCGCUCUUCCUCCUCUUCGCCGCGGCCGCGGCCGUCUUCCUGCUCUCGCUCCUCGUCUCCGCGCGCGCCUUCCGACACCACGGAAGCCGGUACCGCGUGCCGCCCGACGCCAGCGCCUCCUCUUCCCCUCCGCCGCCGCUGCUCCCCAGCGUCGGCCUCUCGACCGCCGACCUCCGCCUCCUCCCCUGCUUCGCCUACUCCUCGUGCGACGCUUCCUCCACCUCCUCCUCCUCGCCGCGGCUCUGCGCCGUCUGCCUCGAGACCGCGCGCGCCGGCGAGCGGUGGCGCGCUCUGCCCGCCUGCGGCCACGCCUUCCACGCUGCCUGCGUCGACCGGUGGCUCGUCAGGUCGCCCGCUUGCCCCGUAUGCCGCGCCGCGGUCGCCGUCUCCGUCAGGUGAUCGUGGAUUCUCGGCAUGAGGCAGCAUCAAGACGCUGCCUUGGGGACGCAUACCGGCGUGGCUCUGCGCCUGCAAGGGCUCUGUAAGGUUUGGUUCCCAUCAGCUGUUCGACAAAAUGCCUUCCCCGUCUUGCUGUGUAGUGGUAGCUGUAGGCUUUGUGUGGAUCUUUCUGCUGUUGUAAAGCGAGGAGCAGAGAGAAGAUGCAUAAAAGUUUCUCGUUUGAGAAUGUCAACUUUUUUUUCUAGUAUUGUGGAGUUGAUGCAUGUUUCUUGUGUUGCCACUUGUGAAUUGUAAUGCAUAUGAGCAUUCGUUUGCAGAAAUAUGGGGAGUUUGUUUAAUGAAUACUCACACCAAUGCUCAUAUGCUAACAAAUCGCAAGUAUUAGCUUGCUUACAUUCGAUGUGAAGGUCUCGUGCUACAAUUAUAGUACAGUGAUGCCAGGAACUCUAGAUGAAUCAGCUAGUGAAGUAUCUGCCUAAGUAGAAACCUGAGGAGUAUGCUAUCCAAACAAUUUGUUGCAA